AAAAAAGAAAAUCGUUCAUACGACAUGUCGUAAUUUAGUAGAUGAAUCUAGAUUCAGGGCGGAAUCAAGGCACUGAGUCGAUCCUCUCAUCCUCCACCUCGCUCUGCCUUUCCUUUCAAAUUCCGUCGAAGUGAACUUCAGUUUCAACAAUUCCACUUGAUCGCAGAGAAACACAUGGGGAGAGAGGUCUCAGAGAGUUGCGUUGACAGUCUAUUGACGGAAAUGGUUUCCACUUAUUGUAAUCGGUUCUACGCCAAUAAGCCGGAGCUUGCCGCCCGUCGCAUCGAGGCAAUCGGCUAUCAGGUUGGCCAUCAGCUCUCCGAACGGUAUACGAUGGAGCGACCUCGGUUCACUGAUCAUCUCGAAGCAAUCAAAUUUAUCUGCAAGGACUUCUGGUCUGAACUCUUCAAAAAGCAGAUAGACAACUUGAAAACAAAUCAUAGAGGCACCUUUGUUUUGCAAGAUAAUCGAUUCCGCUGGCUUACACGCAUGUCGGUCGAUCCUCCUCAAGGUGAAUCACAGGAUAAUUCUGCAGAUGGUGAAAACAAGGCAGCUCAGGCAACAAGCAUGCAUCUAUAUUUCCCAUGUGGAAUCAUUAGGGGGGCUCUCUCAAAUUUGGGAAUUCCUUGUGCGGUUUCUGCUGAUAUUUCAAAUCUCCCAGCAUGUUCAUUUGUUGUUCGCAUAAAGGUUUGAUGUCUGUGUGGGACAAUGAAGAUGCGCUACGUCCUAAACGCCGCCUCCAAUUGUAAUGUCUUCUUUCUUCUUCUGUUUACUUUCUUUUUUACCUUUCUCUAUUUCUCUCUCCUCUCCUAAACUAUUGAAACUUUUAGCACAAAAAUUUGACAAAUGCUUGUGAAUGUAUGAAAGUCGAUAGCAAUUAUUUUUCUGAAUUUCGAGAUUUUAGAAGUAUGGUGACGUUUAUUCCUAUUA